AUGGCGUGUGUACCGAACGAAGCCCCUCCAGACUAUGCAAAGUGCAUCAGGGAUUCCUCCCUGGACAUUUCUUCCCAUCCGUCGAUGCCAGACUCCGGAGAAAGCUUUUUCCAAGUGCCUCCACCAACAACCUCAUCCUAUCCUGAAACACCACACCGUGCUCGUCGGAGCGGAAGACUGAGAAAAAGGGUCGCAAAUGGGCUUAAGCUUGCAGUUGGUGCCACUGUGAUGGCUGCUGCAGUUCCUGUUAUCUUGGUUGGAAAUGUGGCUUAUGAGGGAGGGAAAGCUGCUCUCCAGAUAGUUGCGGCUCCGGUUCUGGUUUGCGUGGUUUGCUUCUGUGUGGAUGAUUUUGGUUACUGA